AUGCAUCUCUUUCCCUGUUUGCUCACCCUUUCCUUGCAGUUGCUGGCGCUUCAAGCAGGCACUGCGAUUGGUCUAGAGGCGCGCACCCCUCACGUAUUGCGGAGGGCGUACACGAAACACACGUCGAGGUCCGUGCAAGACACUCGCGAUGCUCUCAAGACGACUCAUCAGGAGCGAGCAGCUCCAGAAGUAGGCGACCCCUCAAGCAGCCAAAGCACUACCAUUUGCGACAUUGUAGAUCAGGGUGGAGCGACCUCUUCAACGCUCGACGUGGGCCCCAUCAUCGAACAAGUCUUCAAGUCGUGCGUCAAGCGCAGCUCAGGAGCUGUGCUUCGUGUACCGGCUGGGGACUGGCCGAUCGCCUCUCAUGUCAUCCUGAAUCCCUGCGAAGACUUCACCUUUCAAAUGGAGGGCAAUCUACACCUCACAGUCGCGAACGUGGGCGGCGGUCCCAUCUUCGACUUUCGAUACUCGAACAAUUUCAGAGUCACGGGAGGUGGAACAUUCUUUGGCAAUGGCCGUGCUUUUAGGGACAAGUACGCCUUGAAAGACAGACCGAGGUUGAUGCUCUUCGAGGGUACCAACUACGAAGUUGACCACAUCAGGCUCGAUGAUGCGCCGAUGUACCAUCUCACCGCCCGAGGAUCUCACUUCAAAGUCCACGAUAUAGUGAUCAGCAGCAAACCUCCAUACGUCGGUACGACGGACGGCAUAGAUUUGGUUUGCGAAGAACAAUGUUCAGUCUACAGCGCGAACGUGACGAGUGGCGACGAGUGCCUUUCAAUCAAGAAAGCCCACGGGGUCGAGGUGCAGGAUCUCGAGUGCCACAAUGGGGGUGCAGUAUCGAUUGGCAGUGCUGGGCCGGAUGGCACGUUUGAAGUCGAAGACGUGCGCGUCAAAGGCGUGUCGAUGCAUAACUCUCAAGCUGGCGUCUACAUCAAGGCGUAUCCGAGAUCUCGCGGCUACAUCCGUGGUUGCCUUUUCCAAGACUUUACCAUCGACGAUGUAGCGCAUCCCAUCGAGAUCAAUCAAGCUUGGUGCGGUCAUGGCGAGUGCUCCCUCUCGGAACCUGGAGGACUUGACAUCUCCGACAUUACGUUUGAUGGCUUCAAAGGAAGCGGGGAUGACACUACCCGGCCUCCCGUCAUAUUGCGUUGCCACUCGGGAGGGUGUCACGAUAUCAAUUUCAAGAACAUCGACUUGGCUAAAAAGGGCGGACGUUCCCCCAAGCCGCAGAUGCAGGGCGCAUGUGGCGCUGGACUCGCCGCCCUGCCGGCUUGCUGAACUUGCGAAAGGAAAGUCGGCUCAGGCGGACGGCUGAAGCAAGCAUAUUAGCCGUCCGACGAAGUUGUUUGCAAAAAUGCACGUGACACUUUGCCAUGUGAAUGACGCCUGAUCGCUUGGACUGCGCACUCUUUUGUGAGCUGCACCAGACCUUCUCACUCUUCGUCGCGAAGCAUCUCCAAGUCAUUUGCGAGCUCAUCGCGGUCAUGAUGUCAUGUUCAACUUUCACGUU